CAAAUCUCAUGCGUAUUGAAAUGACUUAACCAAAUAUCAUUGCCAACAACUUUCGGGUCCAUUGACAGAAGACGGAGAUGGUGGCAGUAGCGACUUCGAUGACGGCACCAGCAUAUAGUCGAAGUUGAAAGUACACCUUUAACGUUCGUUGACGUUUUCCUCGUCAACACGUCACACGAGAUUUUUCAAUAGGUCGUAGGAUAAAGAGAGUUUAAGAGCGUCUGUCUUUGUAUAUUCGAGCAAUUGUCAUUACCCCCGCCAAUGAGCGCUUCCGUGGUUGCACGAAAAGUUUAGAUUCCAAUUCAACAUGCAGACUUAAAAUCUGGUGGACCAAAGUUAAUGGUUUCAUUUUCAACAUUGAAGCUGGACAACGUGCAUCAUCAGCAAGAAAAUGACCGACCCUAGGAGGAUGAUGACGCUGACUAUGACGGUUCUGAUAGUUCUGAUGAUGGUAAUGACUUUGUUCGAAUCGGCUUCUUCAUCUUCGUCCUAUUACACUUAUGGGGGCAACUUUCCGGUUGUAUUUUUCUCAGACUUCAAAUAUGUUCCAACGGAUUAUGGAUACAAACUUUCUUAUAGGACGCAGGCUGGUGUUAUCCAUGAGGAGCUUGGAAUUGUCCCCGGAGUUCCACCGCUGAGGGGUGAUACAAAUAACGAUGAUUUGAAUUCAAAUCCAGAUACACUUGGUUCAUCUAGAGGAGCUGGAGCGGGACGAAGGCCGAAAUCAAAGAGACUUCCAACUAAAACUCGUAAAGUCUCACCGAAGCUCUUAGCGAGUUUAUCGGGCUGAUGAUAAUGUAGAGUGUAGAGUGGAAAAUGGUAUUAAUUUAGUUUUGUAGGUUAUUAAUAUUCGUUCAAGAUAUUGGUGUCAUUUUUGUUUUGUUUUAAUUUUGUCUUGUUUUAUUUAAAUUGUUUUUGUUUUUGUAAAUUAUUAUGUUAAAAGUGUUUGGAUCUGUUUUAAGGUCAACCUCUCUGAAAUAAUAUAUAAAUAAAAUAUAUAAAUAAUACAUAAUAAAUAGAUUUAAAUAUUUUAAAAGA